GUACUUCCUUGGUUACAAUGCAUAGCAACAUUUCUUAAAGGUGUAUGACUAUUUAUACACUUUACAUUAGACAUGGAACAUUGGUACAAUGGUUUGAGGGCAGGGGUCACUGAAUGGAGUCCGCCUGACAGUGCAGCAAGGGUACCCGGGUGCAACUCCUGUACUGGGCCACCACAUUUUCCCAUGGAGCAUUGCAUGUAAGACUCUCUAUGCCAGACGGCGGUCCCCACAAUAAGAAACAUCACCCCCUAGAGAUUGAAUCCCUGGUGUCACGCACUGCCCCCUUGAGGUAAUACAAAAGAAUAAUUGAUGAUCCAGCACUUAAAAAGAUGCAGCUUUAUUUUGGAACUUGAAACAUCACACAGGUAAAAGCGUCUACUCAAGCACUCGUAACGCAUUUGAUGUUGGAGUAGACCUUUAUUCUUUCUUAUUACCGCUGCGCACCAGGCCGGGUCCGCGCACUGCAGUGGAAGCUAUCACCCGCCUCCAAACAUUUUAAGGUAAAAUGAAUACACGGCAGGCAUUAGUCAGUGCGAGGUGCUGCACAUCUGCAAGGCAUGGAGACUGAGCCCACCUGUCCGCAGAUGACUUCACGUCCACCUACCACCCAUCAAUCAAUGAGGCUGAAGGACGGACGUGUGCCCGCUGUGCCAAGGAGAAGGUAGAAUGAGCUUGGCAGAUUGCGAAGAAGGAAAAUCUCCUACAGACUGACAAGUGGGGUUAAGGAACGGCCUGGAAACAGUAUGAGACUGAAGCUGAGCGGGUUGGACCUGUGUCACACUGUGCUUUGCAUUGGGUUGAUGCUGUGCGGAGAAGGAGGUGUGUCUUCUGUGCUAGCUCUUGGGGCGAGUAUUAUCUGCCGAAAAAUGCCGGGCCUUUCACCAAGACAGAGGGACUUUUGUGAAGCUCGUCCAGAUGUCAUGGUAGCCAUAGGUACGGGUGCACGACUAGGAACCGAAGAGUGCCGUUACCAGUUCCAGCAUGGCCGAUGGAAUUGCAGCUCCUUGGCGGAACCAAGUCUCUUUGGACCGGAGCUAAAAGUAGGCAGCCGGGAAACAGCCUUUUACUAUGCCAUCCUUUCUGCCGGCAUUGCCCAUGCCAUCACCAACGCCUGUAGCCACGGCAACCUGACCUACUGCGGUUGCGAUCGGGAUAAGCACGGAAACCAAGACCCCGAUAAAGGAUGGAGAUGGGGAGGGUGCUCUGCUGACGUGAAGCACGGGAUACGCUUGUCCAAAGACUUCCUGGACGCCAGGGAAGUUAAGCGCAAUGCCCGCACCCUCAUGAACCUGCACAAUAACAUGCUCUUAGAGAAGAACGUUCGCCUGGAGUGUAAGUGUCAUGGCGUCUCCGGCUCCUGUACGGUGAAGACAUGUUGGGUCACGUUGCCUCAUUUCAGAGAGGUGGGCUACAUGCUGAAGGACAGGUACAAGGAAGCAGUGAUGGUGGAACCCAUGAGGGGAAGACGUCAACAACUCCCUACAUUUCUAAAACUUAAAAAUCCUCAAAGCUACAACAAGCCGGCCGAGAUAGACCUGGUGUAUAUAGACAACUCUCCGAACUUCUGUGAGAGGGACAAUACCACAGGAAGUAUGGGGACGUAUGGACGCCUCUGCAACCGCACAUCCUCUGUGUCUGACAGCUGUGAGCUCUUGUGCUGUGGUCGGGGAUACAAGACCUUCCAGUAUAUACACACGUGGCAGUGCCACUGCAAAUUUCACUGGUGCUGCCACGUCACAUGUAAUACGUGCAGCGAAAGGACGCAAGCCUACAUGUGCAACUGAGACAGCACAAAGGCAUGGGCCAGGUGGGCAGGUGGGGCCCAUCUUCUGUACAUAACUUGGAUUAUUUUGUGAAGUCUUCUCCAUUGAAUCGAGUCAUUGAAUUAAGACACCGAACUGAUGGACAAGACACGGAACUACUAAUCUGCCACAAGAAAAGGAGUAUCAAGGACCCAAUGGUACAUGAGCCCAGGCACUGGGCUUCUAUGGUCAGCCGCCCUAACCCAUGGGGCCUUCCUCUGUAUUCUAGAACACCCAUGUAAACCCCAGUAUCUGUGUUUUAGCUGUAAACAUUUCCAAUAAGAAUAGUGUUCAUUGCAACUUUGAGGUUGGAGUCAUACUUUAAAACCCAACAUGAAUAGGCAAAUUUCCAAGAUAUGUGGUUUUUAUGGAUUUAUUCAGCUAUAUCCAAGAUAGGAGGCUGCUAUAUGUAGUGUCAAUAUGGAAACCAUAUCUUCAGUCCUAGAGGUGGUCCAGCUCCCACUAAGAGGACCCAGCCCAUCCUGAAGGGCCAACAUGUACAGUAAGACCAUGUUCCCACAGUGGAAUUCCAUGGAAAUAUUCUGCCGAAUGUGAUUCUACUGCACUGAGUACAUGGCAAAAUUUCCCAAAUUCCGAUGACAGGUUCAUUGUUUCUGCGCAUUCCACUUGGAAGUGCAUUGCCGUCUAUGGAGAUGGCGCAUUUCCGAGCACUUCUAACGCCGCCAGAACAUGAAAAUGUUUCACACAUUUUCCACAGUGUGAACAUAGCCUAAUACUACAUCUCUUCUGCAGUGGCCUCUACAGGGGAGAUGACUUACCAGUGGUAAGAGAUGAUCACUGGGAGCUGAACCAGUAAUGAUAACCAAGGUCACUGUCGGUGAGAUGGUGUUGCCCUACAUUAAACAACUCCUAUAAGUAUGAGCAGCCCCCGAUUCUCCCAGUUGAUGUCAGAGGAGAGAAGGGUAGGGCCUGUUGGAUUUCAAUUGUCUUACCCUAUUGUUCCUAAAGAGAUCAGAGGAUCCCGGCUGUAGCUUUCCAAUCAUCUCUUCACUGAGUUUGGCCAAGUGUUCAAGUGUAUUGGGUGAUUGGGAGCAGUCGGCUAAAUAAAAGUUAGACUGGCAACUAUUGAGGGUAUGUAACCGCCUUAAGGGUGCCUUCCUACCUGGCGUAUACGCAGCGUAUUUCACGUUGUGCUAAAUUUGCGGCAGCAGCAGGAAAUACGCUGCUUAUUCCUCGCUCACUAUACACACAGGUCUUUCCGGCGGCAGCC